CUAUUACUUUACAUAACCUCUAAACAUAACCUUUCAUCCACUACAUGUUAAAAUUAAAGUUUAUUAACUAAAACCAAGAAUGACGACAAUCCUGAGAGGUUUUAUAACAAAGCUGCGUCAAAUCGCGUUCCCCACAAACACCCUAAACUACUUUAAUAACUUAGGGGCCACCUCUAAGUUUUGUCAACAUAGUCCCGUCACGGAGCAAGAAAUCACAACCAUACUAAAAAAGAAAUACCCCGAAGCAACCAACAUCACAGUCGAAGAUGUGUCCGGAGGUUGUGGAGCCAUGUUCAACAUCUUCAUAGAAACCAAAGAUUUCAAAGGAUUGUCCGUAGUGAAACAACACAGAUCAGUGUACGACACACUUAAAGAACAAAUCAAGAAUAUACAUGGACUUCAUGUGGAAACGAGAGUACCCAACUAGCUAGCUUUGUUGUAAAUUUUAGUAAUAAUAUUGUUUUCAUAAA